GGAUGGCAAGCACUGGGACCUGCAAUAGCUUUCACAGUCGUGUCGACCUGCGUCGUCGCGCUGAGAUGGUUCACACGGUGUGGGCUCCUACGGUGCGUGGGUUUGGACGAUAUGGUCAUUCUACUAUCCAUGGUCUUGUCAUGGGGCAUGUGCAUCGUCAUCGGUAUUGCCGUCCACGAGGGUGUAGGCCGCCUCUCGGAGAGCGAGGCUCAACUGAUCACCAUCGCUAAACUCGUUGUGGCCGACAACAACUUAUGGGCGCUUACAGUCAAUACUACCAAGGCUUCCAUACUAAUGCAGUAUCUGCGCAUCUUCAGUGGGAGAGUAACACGAGCACUCUGCUUGCUGUUACUCUUCUGCUUGCUGCCCGCCGUGCUUUGGGCAGUGCUAGGUGGAACAUUGCUCUGCUCACCUACGGCUCGACUGUGGAACCCGUCGAUAUCCGGCCAUUGUAUGUCAGCGGAGCGCUACUGGCUGUCGGUGGCGGGGACGGACAUCAGUCUUGACUUCCUAGUCCUGCUCUUACCAUUACCGGCAAUCGUGUCUUUACAUUUGCCGCGGAAGCAGAGGAUGAGCUUAGUCCUCGUCUUCAUGCUAGGCUUCUUCGUCUGCGGCGUGUCUAUUGCACGCCUAGCGACGGUCAUUACGACUUCGGCGGAAGGCAAGUUCGUACAAUCGGGCGUGUGGGCCAUCAUCUGGAGCGUCGUCGAAGCAAACGUUGGCAUAAUCUGCGCAUGUCUCCUGGCCCUCAGACCGCUGGUUGCGCACCUCUUCCCAAGCUUG